AUGAGGGAAAUCGUACAUGUUCAGGCUGGUCAAUGUGGUAACCAAAUUGGAGCUAAGUUCUGGGAAGUGAUCUCAGAUGAGCAUGGAAUCCAACCGGAUGGUUCCUAUCGUGGCGAUUCCGACUUACAGUUGGAACGUAUCAACGUAUACUACAAUGAGGCCAGCGGCGGCAAGUACGUUCCACGUGCAAUAUUAGUUGACUUGGAACCGGGGACCAUGGACUCAAUUCGUGGGGGUUCUUUCGGACAACUCUUCAGACCCGAUAAUUUUGUUUUUGGCCAAAGUGGAGCGGGUAACAACUGGGCUAAAGGACACUAUACCGAAGGUGCAGAGUUGGUCGAUAACGUACUGGAUGUGAUUCGCAAAGAAGCUGAAGGUUGUGAUUGCCUUCAAGGCUUCCAAUUGACACAUUCACUUGGUGGCGGAACGGGCUCAGGUAUGGGAACGUUGUUGAUCUCAAAAAUCCGUGAAGAAUAUCCUGACAGAAUCAUGAGUUCGUUCUCUGUCGUGCCCUCACCUAAGGUAUCAGAUGUGGUUCUAGAGCCAUACAACGCCACUCUAUCAGUACAUCAACUCGUUGAAAAUACAGAUGAAACAUUCUGUAUUGACAACGAAGCGUUGUACGAUAUCUGCUUUAGAACGCUGAAGCUUACCAACCCAACAUACGGUGAUCUCAACCAUCUAGUAUCGGUAACAAUGUCCGGUGUUACGACAUGCCUGCGUUUCCCGGGUCAAUUGAAUGCUGAUCUGCGUAAACUGGCUGUCAACAUGGUUCCAUUCCCUCGUUUACAUUUCUUCAUGCCCGGUUUUGCGCCACUCUCAGCUCGAGGUGCUGCUGCUUACAGAGCACUGAACGUUGCUGAGUUAACACAGCAAAUGUUCGACGCGAAGAACAUGAUGGCUGCUUGUGAUCCACGCCAUGGUCGUUAUCUGACAGUGGCAGCGAUGUUCCGUGGUAGAAUGUCAAUGCGCGAGGUUGACGAACAAAUGAUGCAAGUACAGAAUAAGAACUCGUCGUACUUCGUUGAAUGGAUCCCGAACAACGUGAAGACAGCAGUGUGCGAUAUUCCACCAAGAGGCUUGAAAAUGAGUGCCACCUUCAUUGGCAAUACCACCGCUAUCCAGGAAUUGUUCAAGCGUAUUUCGGAGCAAUUCACUGCAAUGUUCCGUCGUAAGGCAUUCCUUCACUGGUAUACUGGUGAGGGUAUGGAUGAGAUGGAGUUCACCGAAGCCGAAAGCAACAUGAAUGACCUGGUGUCUGAAUAUCAACAAUAUCAAGAUGCGACGGCUGACGAUGGUGAUAUGGACAAUGUGGAUGAGACGGAGUAUGCAGAGCAAGAAGCAGAAGAAUAA